AAAUCCGCAGGAUCUCAACCUGUUAGUAGUACUUGAUACCACAGAGGUUUCCUGCUCUGAUACCAAAUGAAAGUUCAGAGACACGCAAAUAAGAACCGUACACAAGUUAUUCAAGAACACUUCUUGUAUAUUAGAAACCUUUUAAACAAUCUUCCUAGAUCUGUUUAAUCCGAUUUAAGCUCAGUCACACACGACUAGCUACGGACCAGUUCCUAAUCUCUAAGUUACAGAAACCCAAGCCAAAACCCUGUUUUCUUGAUCUCUGUAGCCGACAAGAACAACUCUCUUGCUCUAGCUUUUUCUCUCUUAACGCUUAACCUAAAACCCUCUUAGGUUGCCUCGUUAAGUAGGCAUGAAAAAGACAAUAUUCUAUUUCCUAAAAUAUCGCCAACCAGAAGAUCUUCUUUGCUUCGCACCCAAGUAAUAUCUUCUAUUUCCAUAAGUUUACGCCACGUCAUUACACGUACCAAACUUAUUAAUCAUCACACUGUGUAACACACUCUCAUCUUAACCGGAACACGCUCACAAACCUUGAGCUUACAAAGACUACUCUAAUUUAAUUGUUUCGAUGAUAUAGAGCAACAAAUCAGGAUACUGGGCAUAGCCGUAUAGGACAUUGGCGCCCAAAAAAUGCCUUUCGAGAGGUCAAAGAGCUUUCGAAAUAAACAUUUUAAACAUGAGCAAACUUCAAAACCAAGGAAAUUAAUUAUUAAAAACAAAAACAAAAAAAUCUCCCUGUUACUGUAUUUGACAGCCAAAAUCACGUGAAAAUAAAGCAGUCAUAUUAAAAAUGUUUCAGCCACUUGUGAGUCUUAAUAAGAACACAACAACAAACAAAACACACAGAGCAGAAAAAGACAUUCUGAAUUCUUCUUGACCCAACACUAUUAUAAACAUCUUCAAAUUCAGUUUCCCAAAACCCCUAAGAAAAUUCUGCAAAAACCAGCAGACAAACCAAGAACACCAAAGAUAGACAAAAAAAAAAAAAAGUCAGACAAGACAAAGCAAAACCCUCUUUGUCCAAACGAACCAACCCUUUCCAUAUAUACACAAACCCAACACAAAAAAAACAUAACCCAUUCAAGAAAAAGAAAGCUUGAAGAACAAUCAAACACACACAAAAAAAGAAUGAUUCUCUCUACUUCCAUGUUUACCUCUCUCACACCAUACAUACUCUCAGCAUUACUUCUCUUCCUCCUCCUCGAACAACUCUCUUACCUAAUCAAGAAACGUAACCUCCCUGGCCCUCUCUUCGUCCCUCCCAUCAUCGGCAACGCCGUCUCACUCGUCCGUGACCCCACUUCCUUCUGGCACAAGCAAUCAUCAACCGCGGGAAACUCUCCAGGCCUCUCAGCCAACUACCUCGUAGGGAGAUUCAUCCUCUACAUCAGAGACACAGACCUCUCACACCAAAUCUUCUCCAACGUCCGCCCCGACGCCUUCCACCUCGUCGGACAUCCCUUCGGCAAGAAACUCUUCGGUGAUCACAACCUCAUCUACAUGUUCGGUGAAGAUCACAAAUCAGUUCGCCGACAACUCGCUCCCAACUUCACACCUAAAGCACUCUCAACCUACACUACUCUCCAGCAGCUAGUCAUCCUCCGUCAUCUACGCCGAUGGGAGGAAUCUUCCUCCGGUCCAAUCUCGCUGCGAAACCUCGUCCGUGAACUUAACCUAGAAACCUCUCAGACAGUUUUUGUCGGACCGUAUCUUGACAAAGAAGCAAGAGACAGUUUCCGCAAAGAUUACAACCUCUUCAACCUCGGAUCCAUGGCUCUUCCUGUAGACCUCCCACGGUUUGCGUUCGGCGAAGCUCGCCGCGCCGUGAGGAGGCUAACGGAGACUCUCGCCGUCUGCGCGGGAAAGUCAAAAGCAAGGAUGUCGGCGGCAGGGGAGAAGGAGGAGAAGCCAACGUGUCUUAUAGACUUCUGGAUGCAAGCGAUCGUCGACUCCGGUAAUCCUCCGCCGCCGCACUCCUCCGACGAAGAGAUUGGCGGUUUCCUCUUCGACUUUCUCUUCGCCGCGCAAGACGCCUCCACGUCAUCGCUUCUCUGGGCGGUUGCUCUGUUGGAUUCUCAUCGAGAGGUUCUUAGGAGAGUGAGAGAAGAAGUGGAGAGGAUAUGGUCUCACGACUCCAACGCGUUGAUCACCGUGGAGCAGCUCGCGGAGAUGAAGUACACGCGCUCGGUAGCGCGUGAGGUCGUUAGGUUUCGUCCACCCGCGACGAUGGUCCCACACGUCGCUGCAGAAGACUUCGCUCUCACGUCAACGUACACUGUCCCGAAAGGUACCAUCGUGUUUCCCUCGGUUUACGAUUCUUCGUUCCAAGGGUUUAAUGAACCGGACCGGUUCGAUCCGGAUCGGUUUAGCGAGACGAGGAAAGAGGAUGUUGUGUUUAAACGGAAUUUCUUGGCGUUUGGGUGGGGUCCGCACCAGUGCGUGGGGCAGAGAUAUGCGUUGAACCAUCUUGUGCUAUUUAUAGCGAUGGUUUCGUCGCUGUUGGAUUUCGAGAGGGUUAGAUCGGACGGGUGUGAUGAGAUCGUGUAUUGUCCCACGAUAUCGCCUAAGGAUGGGUGUACGGUGGUCUUGUCUCGCCGCGUUGCAGCGUAUCCCAACCUUUCGUUGAAUUGAUUUUUGAAUAUUCUGUUUUGUAAUUUUUUUGUGUGUGGUCAGGAGUCAAGUGUGAUUUUUAUGAUUGUUGGUGAUGUGUCUCUCGAAGUGAGAGGCCCUUUCAAGUGUUUUAUUGAAAUUUGAUAGGAGAUGUCAUUGUUUGACAUAUCUUCAAGAUUAAUUAAUCUGUGUUUUAUCAUGUUGAAAUUUUUAACGUGUUUUGUGUGUUUCCAAAGUUCACUUUUGUGUCAACUUCAUCGGAUGUUUUGGAAUGGACUAUUUACUUCCAUUGUUUUUUUUUGGGUCAACACUUGGAUAGUUCAUAUUAUGCUUUUUAAUAUUGAAGAAACAACAAGGC